AUGGAUCUGGGCAGGGAAGCUUGGUCUACGAUCGGCGGCGGUGAAUCAUGUUUCGGCGUCUCCUGUUGCAGCAUCCCCCGCCGUGGCGUCGCCACUAGCUUCCUCGCUCUCACCGCCUUCACUCUCGGUUCCUCCGACGGCCCCUCCCUCCCCACAAAUGUCGCCAUUUCGAUAUGCGAUCCGUUUCGGCAAUUUCUGUCUUCGACUUCGUCGAUUUUCUCGCAAGAUUUCACGCUUCCAUUCUCAGUCUUUUCUCCAGAGUUUUUUGCACGGCAUUUUCCAACCGCGUGCCCUCUUCCACCUCCGGAUUCAAGUAAGGACGUGGCAUGCUGCAGUGGAUGCCUCAAAAGGAACUCUAUUGUCAAAGCGGCCGCGGCAGCUGGUCCUGCCGUGGUGAAUAUAUGUCUUACUGAAGAUGUAUAUGGUCCUAUGCCUAUAAUGGGUAUAGGGUCUGGCACUAUCAUUGAUCCUGAUGGGACGAUCUUGACCUGUGCACAUUGCAUAGCAGACUUUUCUAGUAGGCAAGUGAUCUCAAAAGGCAAAGGCGGAAAUUGUAGAAGAUUGCAAGAUGCAUAUCGGUCUUUUUGAAGUUUCCUUGGUUAGCUUGCUGUCAUACAAGUUUGAAAGAUGUUCUCCUAACUCAGUCUGGUUCAUAUCUGACUAUGCUAAG